AUGUUGCCCGACGUGGCGUGUGAUACCCCAGUAUCAUCCAUACACGCUUUGGCGUCGAUUAGCCCCGAAGAAACUCGGGUGAAGGACUGCCGUUAUGGGUUCUCAUACGAGAACAUGCUUGCUGAAGGCCUCGAAAUAAUCGACGUCUGGCCCACUGAUUGUUGGGACAAGGAUAAUUCUUUCUUCUAUACCGGCAUGGACUUCCACAACGAAUCGACUCAGCGAACAUGGGCCAGAGUUCGACCUGCUGUAUCUGAGCAUGAUUCAAACGACUUUAUACUUGCCCUAGAGCUCACAUCGACCAAGACUCAUUCAGCUGCAAAGUGCCACGCCAUGAUCGCAUCAAGAAGGACGACUCUGAAGAAGAUUGCAUAUGCUCCGCUCGUGGAAGAGUACACCUUUGGGAACGGAAGCGCCUACAACGGGACCAUGAGUAUUCAAGCUAAAAGCAGCCAGCCCAAGUCCACUGUCAAUUUGACGUCUGAGAUUGAGCUUCUCGAUCACAGCGUAAAUGUGCAGAGCAUCCUUCAGGAAAGUCAAGAAAUCACGCCAAAGCUUAACAAGUCGGUUAGUUCCAUAGAGACCGAGGCAACGGCCCUCGACUCCGCAAAAGCACGACUCAGGGACGUACAGCAACAGCUCGAUCAGCUAGAGGCAGAGAAGAGAGACCUCGUGCAAAAAAAGGAAAAAUCCGAAAAAAGGCUAGAGUCGUCCUCCCGAGACAAGGAAAAGUACGCUUCAAUGGAGAAGAAACUGCUUCAAACACUUUCCACGGCGCAAAAGUUGCACUCAGCCAGCGGAGAAAAAAGGGCAUCGAAAUGGAAAGACUCCGUUGUAAUCUACCUAUCCGAAGACCUUUUCAAAGCCAAGAAGAAGCAAAACGCAGAAAUCCACUCCAUGAAGGACGUAUUGCAGCGGACGUUUCUGCAAGCAGUCGUCAAAGGAAACAUAGCCGCGAUGCAGUUUCUGAAGGAUUCUCUUCCAAACCUCGACUUCAACGAUUCUAAAGGGCGUGGUGUUCUAGCCUGGGCGAUUAUCAAAAAGAAUCUAUCAGUUGUGACUUGGCUGAUAGAGAACGGCGCCAGCGUUAACGCAAAAGAUGGCUACAAUAUGACACCUCUAAAUCGGGCGUGUACGGAAAACUUUUUGCCAGCUGUCCGGCUGUUACUUCACCGAGGCGCGCAUACCGAAGACUUGGACCAGGAUGGUCGGAGGCCUUUGCACGUUGCCAUUCGCAAAAACAAUCUUUUGCUCGCACAGUGGCUGUUGGAUCGUGGGGCAGAUAUCGAAGCCAAAACGAAAAAUGACGAAACGCCACUGGAGCUUGCGGUCUCGGCAAAGUCAAUUGCAUCGAUAAACCUGCUCCUCGACCGAGGCGCGGAUCUUGAAGCACAAGGUUCGUAUGGGGCGACUGCUCUAUGUAAAGCUGCCAAGUACGACGAUAGCCACGACAGUGCUCUCCUGCGUGUCUUGAUUGAUCGUGGAGCCAAGAUCAAAACACGCAGCAAAGACAAAAAAAUGACACCCUUGCAUUAUGCAGCAGGAUAUGGGUGUGCCGAGGCUGUGGAGUUGCUCCUCAAAGAAGGGGCAGACACCACGGCCAAGAGCUCGUCAGGCGCUACCCCGUUGAUGAUUGCAGCCGAGAACACAAGGGAUUCUGACCCUCUCCGCUCAUUGAUAGACCACGGCUCGAGCACCGAAGUGAUUGAAAACAUGGGGGAAACAUUGCUAGCCUCGGUGGCAAAAUAUGGAUGCGCCGAGUCUGUGAAGUUGCUGCUCAAUCGGGGGGUUUCUAUCGAGUCUAAAGACGAAGAUGGGUGCACACCUCUAGCAAAUGCGGCUGAGGAGGGCAACAAGAAGACGGCCGAAGCACUGAUUAAGCGAAAAGCCAAAGUAGACUGCAGGGACUCGAACGGCCUGACUGCCCUCUCUUUAGCGGCGCAGGCUGGGCACGUAAGCCUAGUCAAGUUGCUUCUAGAGGGUGGCGCUAGAAUUGAUCGGAAAUACGAGACGGACGGCCGCACAGCGCUACAUUGGGCGGUUCUGAAAGACCAAACGGCUGUCAUUGAGGAGCUCCUGAAGAGAGGGGCCAACAUCGAGGCGAGUUCGAAAGCCGGACACACUGCAAUUUACUACGCCAUUCGCAACGGCUUUGAGGCGUCUUUCAAACUCCUCCUCGAGAAAGGCGCGAGUCUCACCGUGGAAGGUCCCCACGGGAAAAUCCCUCUGGCGUAUGCUCGGGAUGUAGCUCAGAGGCAUAAGAAGAUUGGGAGUUUACCAGCAAUGAAGGAAAUCAUCAAAUAUCUAGAGAAGCAGACCUCGGAAAAGGACAAAGCCAAAAUAGAAGAGGCAUGA